CCGGCCGGUCCUUUGUUCCCGGUUCCUUGCGGGCCCCUGCGGCCCCUCCGGACCAUGUGUCCGGCCCGGCGCCUUCAGCCCCCGCCCAUGCUGCUGCUGACCACUCUGCUGCUGCUGUCCCCGCCCGCCCAGGCCAAAGGAGGACACCCCAAAACCCAGGAAAACCUGUUAGUUCUUACGGUGGCCACGAGGGAGACAGAGGGAUUCCGCCGCUUCAAGAGAUCAGCUCAGUUCUUCAAUUAUAAAGUCCAGGUGCUCGGCCUGGGAGAGGAUUGGUCAAGCCAGGAUGGGCCGACAGCCUCAGGGGGUGGGCAGAAGGUUCGCCUCCUGAAAUCAGCCCUGGAGAAGCAUGCAGACAAGGAGGACCUGGUCAUUCUGUUUACAGAUAGCUACGAUGUGGUGUUUGCCUCUGGCCCCAAGGAACUCUUGAAAAAGUUCAAACAGGCCAAAAGUAGGGUGGUUUUCUCUGCCGAACAGCUCAUUUAUCCUGAUCGGAGGCUGGAGGCCAAGUACCCUACCAUGAGGGAUGGCAAACGUUUCCUGAGCUCUGGAGCUUUCAUCGGCUACGCGCCAAACCUGAGCAAGCUGGUGGCUGACUGGAAGGGUCUGGACAGUGACAGCGAUCAACUCUUUUACACCCAGAUCUUUCUGGAUCCAGAGAAAAGGGAGGCGAUCAACAUCUCUCUCGAUCAUCGGUGCCGCAUUUUCCAGAACCUUAAUGGCGCCUUAGAUGAAGUGGUGCUGAAGUUUGAAAAUUCCCAAGUUCGAGCGAGGAACUUGGAAUACGACACCCUCCCCGUCCUGAUCCACGGCAACGGACCCACCAAGCUGCAGCUGAACUACCUUGGGAACUACAUCCCGCGGGUCUGGACCUUUGAGACGGGCUGCACCCAGUGCGACGAGGGCUUGAGGAGUCUGAAGGGCUUUGAGGACGAUGCACUCCCCUUGGUCCUUGUUGGGGUUUUCAUCGAGCAGCCAACCCCGUUCCUCUCCCUCUUCUUCAUGAGGCUCCAGGCCCUUCAGUAUCCAAAGAAGCAGCUGCAACUUUUCAUCCACAACCAUGAGCAGCACCACAAGGCUCAGGUGGAGCAGUUUGUGGCCGAGCAUGGCGGGGAGUACCACACCGUCCAGCUGGUGGGACCGGACCAGCGGGUGGAGAACGCCCAGGCCAGGAACAUGGGCGCGGACCUCUGUCGAAAGGACCGUGACUGCACCUAUUACUUCAGCGUGGAUGCCGACGUGGCCCUGAAAAACCCAGAGACCCUGCGGCUCCUGAUCGAACAGAACAAGGCCGUGAUCGCUCCUAUGAUGAGCCGCCCUGGUAGGCUCUGGUCGAACUUCUGGGGGGCCUUGAGCGUGGAUGGGUUCUACGCCCGCUCAGAGGACUACGUGGACAUCGUUCAAGGACGGAGGGUUGGAGUCUGGAACGUCCCCUACAUCUCCAGUAUAUACCUAGUGAAGGGCAGCAGCCUGCGGUCCGAUCUUCGGCAGGAAGACCUGUUCCGUAGCGGCAAGCUGGACCCAGACAUGGCUUUCUGCUCCAAUGUCCGGCAGCAGGAUGUCUUCAUGUUUCUGACCAACCGGCAACCAUUCGGACAUCUCCUGUCCCUGGAGAGCUACCACACGACUCACCUUCACAAUGACCUCUGGGAGGUGUUCAGCAACCCAGAGGACUGGAAGGAGAAAUACAUUCAUGAGAACUACACGGCAGUUCUGAAGGGGAAGUUGGUAGAGACGCCCUGUCCGGAUGUAUACUGGUUCCCCAUAUUCACAGAAGUUGCCUGCGACGAGCUGGUGGAGGAGAUGGAGCAUUUUGGCCAGUGGUCGGCUGGUGAUAACAAAGACAGCCGACUUCAAGGUGGCUAUGAAAAUGUCCCAACCAUCGAUAUCCACAUGAACCAAAUCACCUUCGAGAGAGAGUGGCACAAGUUCCUGGUGGAAUACAUCGCCCCUAUCACCGAGAAACUCUACCCAGGAUAUUACACCAAGGCCCAGUUUGAUCUGGCUUUUGUGGUCCGUUACAAGCCCGAUGAGCAGCCCUCACUGAUGCCUCACCAUGACGCAUCCACCUUCACCCUCAACAUUGCCCUGAACCGGGUGGGGGUAGAUUAUGAGGGUGGCGGCUGCCGGUUUCUGCGCUACAACUGCUCUGUUAAAGCCCCGCGGAAGGGGUGGACCCUCAUGCACCCAGGACGCCUGACGCAUUACCACGAGGGACUCCCAACCACCAAAGGGACUCGCUACAUAGCCGUGUCCUUCCUUGACCCUUAGGAGCUGCCCCCGGUCACCGAGAACUUUUCCCCGACACGACUUUCCAUUGACCACCACAUGGACGCGGAGAAUCCCCGGAAACCUGUGUCGACCUCGGCCGACCCACCGGGCUCUUGACUUGGUCCCAUUUCUGUGCGACAGCUGGAGCAGACCCAGCCGCCCACCACCACCACCGCAGGCCGGUGCUACAAGCUUAUGCUGGAGCUUGAAGGGUGUUUUACGUGAACGUGCUUCUUGUGAGGCUUUUCUCCUGCUGGCUUCAGGAUGGUGUUGGGGGGGAGGGCGCCGUAUGCUUCAACUGCUUUAAGAAGGACCAGAAUCCCAUCUUCCAGAAAUUCUUCUCAGCCUUAAGCCAACCGAGACCCUUUGACACAGCUGUGGAUGUUAUAGGCCAAUUGCCCCAUCGGCCACAUCCGGCAUCUGUAUCCGGACCCAGAGAAUCACCCUGGGGUUAGGGGGAGAAGUCGCCAAGCCCGUACUAGGGUGAAAGAGCCUCAGAGGCAACGCCACCGCACCUGCCUGGCAGGCCAUCAUUCAGACAAAAUUAGUAGAUACAACUCUGGAGCCAAAUCACAUUAACCUACUUGCACCCUCAAGUUGAAGGGCCUUGGGAGCCUAGUGAGGUUUGAGAAGAUUCCAGAGAAACUAUUUGUGCGAGACAGAUCCACAUAUUGGUUAUUUUGCCUCUACCAAGGGAGAUGUAUCAACGAUAUUCGCUCUCACACUCAAUCUUGUUACUUCACCAGGUCAUUCACUGGCAAUUCACCCAAGAUGUGCGGUUUCAAUUAGGAAGUUUUACAUUAAAACUUUAA